CAGUUAUUGUUUUUAAUAAAUUUAUGAAUAUUAUUACUUCUCUUUCUCUCCCAUAGAGGCGGUGGGCCGACAACCUAAUUUGACGCCCAGAGACGGAGACGGAGACGAAGCAGCCACUUGCACUGAAAAUUUAUCUUUUUCUCUUUUUUUAUGGGAAGACCGAUCCAAGAGAUUAUUUGGUCAUUUCUAGAACAAAUAAUGUCGACAGCGCUACCCCUGAAAUGGAUUUUUCGUAGAAAAGUCCACCCUCGUCCUUACAUUGGUGUACUUCUACAACUACACCAUUUGUCCGAAGUUUGUCUGAGCAUUCACGUUUCGUUUUUUAGGGUUUCGAGUGGCGGAUGAAAUUGAAAUCUCGAUUAACAUGCCGAAAUCUUGCAGAUUUUUGGAAUUAGAACUGGAGAAGUUCAUGAAUACGGUUGAAUUCAAGAUGAUGGGAGUAAAAGUUUGUCUAUUGGAAUUUAUUCUAUUUGUCUCGUUUUGCUGUUUUGCACUCAGUGUCGCAGCACAGACAACUGAUCCUUCCGAAGUUGCUGCAUUAAGAGCUAUUAAGAGCGAGUUAAUUGAUCCCAUGAAGCAUCUUAAUGAUUGGAAUCAGGGUGACCCAUGCACAUCAAAUUGGACAGGAAUUCUAUGCUUUGAUCCAGUUGGGACUGAUGGUUACAUGCAUAUAAAAGGACUGCAGCUGUUGAAUAUGAAUCUCUCUGGAUAUUUAGCACCUGAACUUGGUCAACUAUCUCAUAUUCAAGUAAUAGAUUUUAUGUGGAAUGAGAUAACAGGAAGUAUACCAAGGGAGAUAGGGAAGCUUGCAUCUUUGAGACUCCU